AUGCACAGAGAGAUGAUGUACGCCAGCAGAGAUGGGCAGCACCCCCCCAGACAUCCCCCUAUGGGCCACCCUCCACACCACCCCAUGCAGGGCUCCUUGUCCCCAACCACGGCCCACUCCAUGCCCCCCUCGCCCUCCCGGAUCCCCUUCGGCCCGCGCCCGGGGUCCAUGCCCUGCAGCGCCACUAUGCCCCGGGAGCGCAUCUCUAACGCCACCCCUCCCGUGCGCUCCGUGUCGCCCUGCCCCAGCGCCAUCCUGGAGAGGCGGGACGUCAAGCCCGAUGAGGACCUAGGCAGUAAGAGUCACAGCCUGGUGAGAGGGGGAGAGGGGCUUUAUGCUGACCCGUACCUUCUCCACGAGGGGAGGAUGGGCCACGGCCCUGCCCAUGGAGGGCACCCUCCUCCUGGGGACAUGGUGGACCAUGGCAGCCUGGCUGGCUACCACCGCGCCUCCAUCCGCUCCACAGGCUCCUACAGCGGGCCCAGCCCCACUGAGGCCAUGGAACAAACCUCACUCUACCGCCAGAAGUCCAGGAAGUACGGAGACAGCCAGCUGCCCACGCUGGGCUCCAAGACCCCGCCCCCCUCCCCCCACAGGAUGGCAGAAGUGAGGAUGAUUGACAUCCACGGGGCCCCACCCCCUCAUGGCGGCAUUCCCCUGGAGCGCUCCUCGCCUGUUCGCCAGAGCUUCAGGAAGGAGGAAGUGGUCAAAAGCAGGAGCAACAUGGCGUCUCCAGUUGUCCCGGACCUCCAGGGUCACGGCCCUAUCCCUCCAGCCAACGACCCCCAGACACGGUAAGCCAACCCGAGGGACCUGAGGUGGGACAGGUCGGGUAGUGUGGGGUGGGGGUUCAGUGAAAGGGUAUGAUACUGCAUGGGAGCAUGGAUGAACUAACACUGCAUCCCUGCACAAUCCUAACUGUGACUGUGGGCUGCUCUUGAGUUCAUCUCAGCUCAGACUGUGUCUCAUCAUCACAACUGCAGGGUAGAGACACAGUGUAUCUGGCCCAUCCUGUCAAGGUCAUCACAUUUAGCACAGUGGGCUAUUAUAACAGUGUGUUAGUGUUAUAUAUUGUCUUGUCUUAUUGUGUCUUUCAGCUACACCAGUUGGGUCUGUGUGUGACUAGCUCUAUUUGUAUGAAUAUCCUAUUCCAGUUGAAGAGAGUUUACUCAGUGCUCCAUAGUUGACAGAGUAAACCAAGCCACUGCAGUAAUUGAAUAGCGCCUCACUCCCCCUAUUCAGACUGUAUAUUAUCAUGUUAUUGUGAGGUAUUGUUGUUUUAAUAACACACUGUCUGCAUGCCCAUGUAGAUCGUUUAAACCAGCACUCCGACAGCUAGUUCAACUAGGCUGGUUCUGGUUGCACGAAAAACAGAACACACAAACACAGGAGAGGGCAUGAGGGACAUAGUCCAGCCGUACAAUCAUAUGUGGUUUCAUUGGAAUGCAUUAGACCGGAGGGCUAGGGGGCCGAGGGGGCUAUGUGUGCACCGCUCAGGAAAACCAAAGAAAAUAUUGACCAGGUUGGUUGGAUUAGACCAGGGUUUUCUGAAACAGCCGAAUCAGGGGGAACAGACCACUAGGACCACCUGCAUGGUACAAACACCAUGGUUGCCUACCGAAUGGCAUCCUAUUCUCUAUAUAGUACAUUACUUUUGACCAGAGCCCUAUGCCCAAUUUGGGACCUUCCCCAUCUUAAAUGGCCCAGGCAUAUAGGAAAGAAGGAGGAAAGGAGUUUUAGUGGGAAGUUACUUAAUAUGUAAAAACAAAAAUGAUAUUUUAGGUCACUUACUUUAUAACUACAGAGUGGCCUUCAAGCAUGAGUUGUACUUACAUGCACAAAGAGCAUUCAAUAUACAGUGGCUUGCAAAAUAUUCACCCCCCUUGGCAUUUUUCCUAUUUUGUUACCUUGCAACCUGGAAUUUAAAAAAAAGAUUUUUUGGGGGGGUUGUAUCAUUUGAUUUACACAACAUGCCUACCACUUUGAAGAUGCAAAAUGUUUUUUUUGUGUGAAACAAACAAGAAAUAAGACAAAAAAACAGAAAACUUGAGCGUGCAUAACUAUUCACCCCACAAAAGUCAAUACUUUGUAGAGCCACCAUUUGCAGCAAUUACAGCUGCAAGUCUCUUGGGAUAUGUCUCUAUAAGCUUGGCACAUCUAGCCACUGGGAUUUUUGCCCAUUCUUCAAGGCAAAAUUGCUCCAGCUCCUUCAAGUUGGAUGGGUUCCGCUGGUGUACAGCAAUCUUUAAGUCAUACAUUUUACAUUUUAGUAGACGCUCUUAUCCAGAGCGACUUACAGUUAGUGAGUGUAUACAUUUUCAUACUGGCCCCCCGUAGGAAACGAACCCACAACCCUGGCGUUGCAAGCGCCAUGCUCUACCAACUGAGCUACAGGCCACAGAUUCUCAAUUGGAUUGAGGUCUGGGCUUUGACUAGGCCAUUCCAAUAUAUUUAAAUGUUUCCCCUUAAACCACUCGAGUGUUGCUUUAGCAGUAUGCUUAGGGUCAUUGUCCUGCUGGAAGGUGAACCUCCGUCCCAGUCUCAAAUCUCUGGAAAACUGAAACAGGUUUCGCUCAAGAUUUCCCUGUAUUUAGCGCCAUCCAUCAUUCCUUCAAUUCUGACCAGUUUCCCAGUCCCUGUCGAUGAAAAACAUGGGAUGGUGUUCUCGGGGUGAUGAGAGGUGUUGGGUUUGCGCCAGACAUAGCGUUUUCCUUGAUGGCCAAAAAGCUCAAUUUUAGUCUCAUCUGACCAGAGUACCUUCUUCCAUAUGUUUUGGGAGUCUCCCACACACCAAACGUGUUUGCUUACUUUUUUCUGGCCACUCUUCCGUAAAGCCCAGCUCUGUGGAGUGUAUGGCUUAAAGUGGUCCUAUGGACAGAUACUCCAAUCUCCGCUGUGGAGCUUUGCAGCUCCUUCAGGGUUAUCUUUGGUCUCUUUGUUGCCUCUCUGAUUAAUGCCCUCCUUGCCUGGUCUGUGAGUUUUGGUGGGCGGCCCUCUCUUGGCAGGUUUGUUGUGGUGCCAUAUUAUUUCCAUUUUUUAAUAAAUGAUUUAAUGGUGCUCCGUGGGAUGUUCAACUCAUCAACUCAUCUCCAACCUCUGGGCUAAAUCUACGAGACAGCCCUUGUCUUGUUUUUAGAAAUUCCUACUAGCCCACUCGUUUUUCUAGACUAUUCCAGGCAGACUCCGGGAGGGCAAAGCAGACAUGCUUAAGUGGUUGAAGUUAUUAGGCCAUGUUAGCUGGAAUAUAAGGUAGUUCCUGAAUCAAGCAUUCACUACCUUAGCACGGUAGUUUGACAGCUUGGGACACGUACUUUUGGCCAGCUAUUGCUUUAACCGUGCAUUUAACUGUUGUUUAUAUAGCAGAAACCCCAUCUACUUCACAAAUCAAUAAGUUAUUCCUAAAGGUUUUCAUAAAUGUUCUAAGAUAGAUGACCUACUCAAUGUUUUAAUGUUAUAUUGCUAAUUUGAUCGCUAAGCAACCACAUCUAGCAUGAAAACAAUUCCGGUAGUAUUUAGGAAGUAACUCCUAACUUAAGAAUUACUUCUAACUUAAAUGUUAGAAUGCCACCUUUAACGCCUAGUUAGCCCCAGUGUUAAAAGCUUGAUUUUCUGAUGUUUCCUGCAGAGAGCGAAUGAAGGCUAUGGAGCAACAGAUUGCCAGCUUGACUGGUCUUGUUCAGCAUGCACUUUUAAAGUCCCCAAACACUAGUGGCACCAACGAGGCUCUCAGGUAAGCAAGAAGAUGAAGAAGUGAGGCAGCGUGGGACAUUGAGUUCUCAGAGAUAAGCUCAGGUAGCCCCAGUCAAAGUGGACAAAGAUAAUAACAGAUAAACUAGCUCUCAAUUUUAGCAAUAUGUGCCAGCCUAGGUAAACAGAACAUUGUCAUGGGGAAACAGUGUGGACGAGGGGUCUGAUAUUGACUGGCUGCAGUUAUCUUUGCAUUUCAACGAACUCUGUGGAGAUCUUGUGCUACUGUGUUUGCUUGAGUUUCCAAUCAACAAUCUCAAUGUGUGCAUCAUGACUGGAAUGAAAAUGGGAUGGCUUACUAUGGGAACAGACUGCUCCUAACAGCCAUCAUGUUAACCCGUCCGUCUAUGUCAGUCUGUCCAAUCAUACUGUAUGGCUGUCUCUACGUCUACAAUGCUUUUACUAAUAUCUGUCAACCCUAACUCCUGGACAGUGCCCAGGGCUUUGUAUUCAUUCUCUUUUAUUGUGAUUCAACAGAAUUAAUGUAUUUUUCUCUUCCUCUCUGUGUGUGCGUAGUGAACAACCCAUGAAGACAUCAAGGCAAGCAUCUCCGGUUCAUAGUGCACACAGUGCAGGUCAGGAGGACCAUUAUUACCCUUCUGCAUGUAUCACAUUAUGGUUUACGUCCCAAAUAGCACCCUAUUCCCUAUAUAGUUCACUACUUUUGACUAGAGCCCUGUGGGCCCUGGUCAAAAGUAGUGCACUAUAUAGGGAAUAGGGUGCCAGUUGGGACGUAACCAUUGUCUACUUAGAGAGACAGUUCUUUGUUGCAUAUCCCCCAUGUUUCCCCCAUGAUGCAUUGCACAGACAAGUCUCUUAAUGUCACUCAACACAAUCAGCCAUAUGCUCUCCCCUACUGCACCACUAAAACACCCAGUCAGUCAAUCAGACAGGCGUCUUUGCUCUUCGUCAACUCAUAUUCCCCUCAAAUCCUCCCUUGUCAUACACUCUAGGCGGGGGAUGGAGGCAAAAAAGCUACUAACUGAAUAUGUGCUGCUGAAAGCAUUACGUAAAACAAGAGAGAUGUAUUAUUUCUCGAUCUCGCCAAGAUGAUUCAAUCUUGUCUAGCUAGCGGUCAAGGCAGAUGUGAGUUCGAUAAAAUAAAUGCAAUCUUGAGAGCGGCGGAAUGAAAACAUUGCGUAUUUAUCAAAUCAAAUCAAAUUUGAUUUGCCACAUGUGCCGAAUACAACAGCUGUAGACAUUACAGUGAAAUGCUUACUUACAAGCCCAUAACCAACAAUGCAGUUUAAGAAAAAAAAAGUAAAUUAAAGUAAAACAACAGUAGGGAGGUUAUAUACAGGGGGUACCGGUACAGAGUCAAUGUGCAGGGGCACAGGUUAGUCGAGGUAAUUGAGGUAAUAUGUACAUGUGGGUAGAGUUAAAGUGACUAUGCAUAAAUAAUAAACAGAGUAGCAGCAGCAUAAAAGAGGGGUGGGGUGGGGGGGCAAUGCAAAUAGUCUGGGUAGCCAUGAUUAGCUGUUCAGGAGUCUUAUGGCUUGGGGGUAGAAGCUGUUAAUAAGCCUUUUGGACCUAGACUUGGUGCUCCGGUACCGCUUGCCGUGCGGUAGCAGAGAGAACAGUCUAUGACUAGGGUGGCUGGAGUCUUUGAUAAUUUUUAGGGCCUUCCUCUGACACCGCCUGGUAUAGAGGUCCUGGAUGGCAGGAAGCUUUGCCCCAGUGAUGUACUGGGCCGUAUUCACUACCCUCUGUAUUGCCUUGCGGUCGGAGGCCGAGCAAUUGCCAUAACAGGCGGUGAUGCAACCAGUCAGGAUGCUCUCGAUGGUGCAGCUGUAGAACUUUUUGAGGAUCUUAGGACCCAUGCCAAAUCUUUUCAGUCUCCUGAGGGGGAAUAGGCUUUGUCGUGCCCUCUUCAUGACUGUCUUGGUGUGUUUGGACCAUGAUAGUUUGUUGGUGAUGUGGACACCAAGGAACUUUAAGCUCUCAACCUGUUCCACUACAGCCCCGUCGAUGAUAAUUUUUUUCCUGUAGUCCACAAUCAUCUUUGUCUUGAGCACGUUGAGGGAGAGGUUGUUAUCUUGGCACCACACGGCCAGGUCUCUGACCUCCUCCCUAUAGGCUGUCUCAUCAUUGUCGGUGACUGUUGUGUCGUCGGCAAACUUAAUGAUGGUGUUGGAGUUGUGCCUGGCCAUGCAAUCAUGGGUGAACAGGGACUACAGGAGGGGACUGAGCAUGCACCCCUGAGGGGCCCCCAUGUUGAGGAUCAGCGUGGCAGAUGUGUUGUUACCUACCCUUACCACCUGGGGGCAGCCCGUCAGGAAGUCCAGGAUCCAGAUGCAGAGGGAGGUGUUUAGUCCCAGGGUCCUUAGCUUAGUGAUGAGCUUUGAGGACACUAUGGUGUUGAACGCUGAGCUGUAGUCAAUGAAUAGCAUUCUCACAUAGAUGUUCCUCUUGUCCAGGUGGGAAAGGGCAGUGUGGAGUGCAAUAGAGAUGGCAUCAUCUGUGGAACUGUUGGGGCGGUAUGCAAAUUGGAGUGGGUCUAGGGUUUCUGGGAUAAUGGUGUUGAUGUGAGCCAUGACCAGCCUUUCAAAGCACUUCAUGGCUACAGAUGUGAGUGCUACGGGUCGGUAGUAAUUUAGGCAGGUUAUCUUAGUGUUCUUGGGCACAGGGACUAUGGUGGUCUGCUUGAAACAUGUUGGUAUUACAGACUCAGUCAGGGACAUGUUGAAAAUGUCAGUGAAGACACUUGCCAGUUGGUCAGCGCAUGCUCGGAGUACACGUCCUGGUAAUCCAUCUGGCCCUGCGGCCUUCUGAAUGUUGACCUGUUUAAAGGUCUUACUCACAUCGGCUACAGAGAGCUUGAUCACAUAGUCAUCCGGAACAGCUGAUGCUCUCAUGCAUGCUUCAGUGUUGCUUGCCUCGAAGCGAGUAUAGAAGUGAUUUAGCUUGUCUGGUAGGCUUGUGUCACUGGGCAGCUCGUGGCUGUGCUUCCCUUUGUAGUCUGUAAUAGUUUUAAAGCCCUGCCACAUCUGACGAGCAUCAAAGCCGGUGUAGGACGAUUCAAUCUUAGUCCUGUAUUGACUCUUUGCCUGUUUGAUGGCUCGUCGGAAGGCAUAGCGGGAUUUCUUAAAAGCGUCCGGGUUAGAGUCCCACUCCUUGAAGACGGCAGCUCUACCCUUUAGCUCAGUGCGGAUGUUGCCUGUAAUCCAUGGCUUCUGGUUGGGGUAUGUACGUACGGUCACUGUGGGGACGACGUCAUCGAUGCACUUAUUGAUGAAGCCAGUGACUGAUGUGGUGUACUCCUCAAUGCUAUCGGAAGAAUCCCGGAACAUGUUCCAAUCUGUGCUAGCAAAACAGUCCUGUAGCUUAGCAUCUGCGUCAUCUGACCACUUCCUUAUUAACCGAGUCACUGGUGCUUCCUGCUUUAGUUUUUGCUUAUUAGCAGGAAUCAGGAGGAUAGAGUUAUGGUCAGAUUUGCCAAAUGGAGGGCGAGGGAGAGCUUUGUACGCGUCUCUGUGUGUGGAGUGAAGGUGGUGUAGAGUUUUUUUCCCUCUGGUUGCACAUUUAACAUGCUGGUAGAAAUGAGGUAGAACGGAUGUAAGUUUCCCUGCAUUAUGCGGCUGCUGCCAAAGCAACUUUUUCUUCUUCUCACAGGUUUCCCUUUGCUUAUCUUUCCCGCCAUCAAAUACAAACAUGAAGAAUUGACUAUGGCUCAUAUUUCUCUUGAUUCCUCAAAUAUUUCCUUGUUGUUACUUCAUAACCUGUCCCCAUCACAAGAGCAUCCUCUCGGUCUCCAAACAGUGGAUGAAUCCUAAAUGGCACCCUAUUCCCUGUAUGGUGCACUACUUUUGACCAGAGCCCUAGGGUAUAGUAGUGCCAUAUAAAGGGGUGUGAUAUGGAAUGCAGACAGUGUGACACACAUGAACAGCACUCAUCUGAACCUGCACUUCAGGUCUGUGCAGCUGUCAUUCACUAUGAGAGGACUCUGAGGUGAAUGUUGGAGGGGGAUUACACAGUGACAAUAGCACUGUGUUCUCUAUCCCCACUGCAGGGCUCUACUACGGCUGUGUCCCAAAUGGCACCAUAUUCCCAUGAUAGUGCACUACUUUUGAUGGGCCCCGGUCAGAAGUACUGCACUAUAUAGGGAAUAGGGUAACAUUUGGGACGCUGACCUACUCUGUGUGGAGGGAGUUCUCUCUCUCUCUCUCUCUCUCUCUCUCUCUCUCUCUCUCUCUCUCUCUCUCUCUCUCUCUCUCUCUCUCUCUCUCUCUCUCUCUCUCUCUCUCUCUCUCUCUCUCUCUCUCUCUCUCUCUCUCUCUCUCUCUCUCUCUCUCUCUCUCUCUCUCUCUCUCAUUCACUCAGAACAUUCCACUCUCUCAUUGUUCUGACACUGGGCAGGGACUUUUUCUCUUCCGCUAAGGGACUUGAGUGGCUUAGUGACACUGUGCCGCUCCCACCUGUUGACAACAAGCGCCCCAGAGACAGAACUGAAGGUCAUAGGUCAUACUCCAUUCUGAAUGGGAGACACAGUGUAAUUGAAUUCAACUUCAGUUACUGUCAAUACAGACUGCAGUUGGCAUGGCUUGUCAAGAGUCAUUCUGUCGUCAGUCUCCAAGGCCAGAGGACAUUAUGUCUGGCGGUUGUUUUCGACAGCAGGCGAACCCGUCUCCUGUCUCUUAUUUCUCACAGUGAUUGCGUCCCAAAUUGCUCCCUAUACCGUGCACUACUUUUGACCAGAGUUUGAUGGGGCCUGGUCAAAAGUAGUGCACUACAUAGGGAAUAGGGUUCCAUUUGAGAUGUGGCCAUGGUGAGGUUGGCGGUCGGCAGUCUAUUUCAGUCGGCACUGCCAAUGUAAGUACCCGUGUGCUCCUGUGGGCAGCGGGGGAGACGCCACGGGAAGCACAGGCCCUCAUUACUUAACAUUAGGAAUAUUAAAUCAGGAACCAACGCGGCUGUGGGGAAUGUGUUUGGAAAUGCGCAAGGCGAGUGAGGCGAGUGCUGGGCUGUGGCCAGGCUAAUGCCUCACAGAGGUUGCAUCUCAAAUGGCACCCUAUUCCCUAUAUAGUGCACUACUUUGUAUUGCCUGCUUCCCAAUGGGCCUUGGUCAAAAGUAGCGCACUACAUAGGGAAUAGGGUAGUAUUUGGGACGCAUGCAGACACAAGGCAGAAAGUGAAAAGGAGGGGAGAAAACAUUAAUACAUUACUCCAUCCAUUCAAUCUCAGAGGAGACAUUUUACUUUUUACGUGCAUGUGCACUUUUGACUGUGGGGUAUUUCAUUUGCAGUAAAUAAGGGAGUUAUGGAUUGCAUGCUUCCUCCAAAAUCUGCAGUGUUUUUCCGUCACAUUGUGAAAGGGUUUUAUGUACUGGUGGAUGCAUCUCUACAGCAUAGCCUACAUUGUGAAUAAUUCAAAUAAAAUGAAUUAAUAUGUGUUUUCCAAUUUUUUGGGCGUAUUGUUCUAAAUCAGUUUUUAUACAGCUAGAUAAAGCAUGUUUGUGGCAAGUGAGCCCUCUAUCCAAAUCUAUGUUUUCUUUCCAGUUUUAUUAUCAAAAUUGAGGAACUGACUAGCUUGUAGUGGUUUUAAAUGUGGCUAUUUGAUUUGAUCUCAUACAGGAGGUUCCCCUGUCCUAGCACCCAAAACUCCCGCGCCCCCCUCUGAGAAUGGCUCCACCCUCAUACUCCCAGGCUCCGCUCCCUUCCAGGCCAACCUGCUCCAAUGCAAGAAGAACGUCUCGGACCUUCGGCUGCAGCUCCAUCAGAUGAGACAGCUGCAGGUAACGUCACCAAUGCUCUAUCUAGGAGUAGGAUUACGUUUCCCCUAGACGCUGAUAUUGGGUCAGUUUAGCAUUUUCCCCACUUAUGGUUAAGGUUAGGAUUGGGGGAGGGAAAGCUCAUCCUAGAUCUGUACCGAGGGGAAACAUCACCCGGGAGCCCCUAUCUACUGUUAUUGGUUAUCAAUUUCAUAUCAGCUGUCAAGUAUUGCUUCUCAGCCACUCAACUACUGUCUAUCAGCUACUUUUCAACCCCCUCUAUCUAGAUUGGUUAAGAAAGACAAAACUGUGUGUGUGUGUGUGUGUGUGUGUGUGUGUGUUACCUAGCUCCAGAACCAGGAGGCUCUGCAUGUGCAGCUGAAGCGGGCUGAGCAGGAGAUCAGUUUGAAACUGGCGGAGGCCAUGAGACGUCUGGAAGACCCGGUCCAAAGACAGAGAGUCCUGGUGGAGGAGGACAGACACAAGUACCUGGGCCUGGAGGAGAGGGUGUUCAACCAACUAGGGUAAGAAAGAGAGGAGGGGGGGGGUGUAUUAAGUAGUGCACAUUGUAGCAACUCGUGUAGGUCCCUCCCUGUUUCGGCCUGUUUCGUUUGGUUGCUAGUGAAUACGACCAAGGUGUUACUGACUACUGACUAACUGCAAGUGCACACUCUCCAAACAUAGCUCACAGGUACCGGCAGGCCAUGUCUGUCUCUCAUUCAAGCCCAGCUAUCACUGAAGUAUAGGACCAGGCAACCUGGGAAGGCAAUUAUUUGCAGCAUACUCUUAAUUUAAUUCACUCGUCGCGGUUUGCCAAUCGGGAACGGUAAUUGAAUCCUUUUAAUUCUGAUGUUUAACAGGCAAGGUCAUAGCACUGCCUGGGUAGAAAGCAGUAAACAUAUGUCCUGAUAAACAUCACGAUAGGGGCAUUUCCUGAACGUUGGUUUUCUGGGUUAAUCAGACAGGCGCAGGGUGCUGUAUUCAGUUGUGUUUUCCUUGGUGCAAUGCCAGCUCUUACUCAGCAAAGGCCUGCCGUAGUGUUUUAAAUAUGGCUAGUUAAUGAGCUCUGUUUGGCUGAAGCGCUGCGUGCGUGACAGGGAAUGUGGUGUGAAAAGACGUAGCUUUCUCCUCUGGAGAGAAACGCAAUUUAAUACAACCUGGGAGGGUGUCUGCUGAGGGUUCUAAAAAUACUCUGAGAGGAAGUGAGGCGACAAACGACCAAGGUUUAUCAUUGUUACAACUACUGCAGCAAUCCAAUGGUCCAUAACAUGAGGAUAUUGCUACCAUGGAGGAUGUCAAAGGAAGGUCAGUGAAGAUGUUGUGUAUUGCGUCCUUUUUCACAAAUGUCAGUAGGCCUACAGGAUUUGCCAUAGUUUUAAGCACAUGCAUUUCCUGCAUUUCCAAUCCUUGGCUCGAUUGAGUCACUCCCAGAAACGGACUGGCCAUAGGGAAGUUCAGGCAAAUGCCGGAUGGGCUGGUCCAUCUUUAUCCCAGUGGGUUGGUCUUAAGUGAGGCUUUUGCACAGAAUUAUAAUUGUUUGGCUAAUAAUGAGGGCCUCGAGGAAAAAAGUGUUCCUUUUUGGGGGAACCAUUGUGUGUGGGGGUGAUUUCUGUUCCCAGUCUGUCUCUGGUCACUUCUAUUUAUUUCCAGUCAGUUCCGUUUACCAGUCAUCAUAAGCCCGUCAAAGAGGCUAGAUCUGAGCCAGCUGUCAGCACUAAGCCAGUGAUCCUACUGCCCUUGAGCAAUAGAGAAAGAUGAGAGAGAGUUGAGUGCCCAUGAAGCCUCCUCAAAUAGAUGAUCCCUGGGACAUCAUAAGUGUUUGUCAAGCUACUUUUAGAAGUGGAUUUUAAUGCUGCGACACUUUAUCUACUUUCUGAAGUCCUGUAAAGCUCUUUUAAGAAGAAAGAGCUGUUUUUUCCCCGUCAGCUCUUCAGUUGAACUUUCCCAUAGUCAUCAUCAAGAGUCCUUCACAUAAGAGGACUGCGACGUCAGUAGUUAUCGUCUUUUCACUCCCAUUUGAGAGCAACUCUACAAAAAGCUUACGGUUCUCCAAGGAAGCUGGUCACAAAGAAAUCACCAUUUAGUUCUCUCAUGCAGUUCAGAACAGCACACAAUGUUAUCAUCCACCCAGCACAUUUCCCCUUGGAGUUGACUUCUCAGGAUCCCAUGGAUACAGUGUAUCAAACUGAUAGGAUCCUAUGUAAGGAAGUGGUCGCACAAAUAAACCCAGUUUCCAUGUGAACACAGUUGAGGUUUUGGCAAGUAACCCAAUCCAGUCGGAGCCAACUCACAGAAGAAGUGCAGCGGGGUCUGACUGAGAAAGGCAACUUUGGCUAUUAAGGUUGAAGGGCUGACUUUCCUACAGCCCAGAUGUUCUUGUUUUUUAAAUACAACCUUGUUUCACUUGUCAUUCAGUUACCUCAAACUAGAGCUCCCUCUGUGCCCAUAAGGUUAAAUUAGUAUUGUCUGCCCCCUUGUGUCGAAAUGGAGUCAGUGUUUCAGGUGACACUUCAAGCACGCAAUCUGAAGUCUGAUCCGAUCUGUUAGCAUCACUAGUAUGUCAGGGAUUUGAUGGUGCCUCCAUAUCUCAUUUGGUAGCAAUGGAGAUGAAAUUAUUAAAAUGUUUGAAUAGAUUUAUGUAGUGCUUUAAGUGCUUACAUAGUAAGAGGGAAACCCACCUCAUCCACCACCAAUGUGUGGCAACCAUUUGUGGCACAAACCUCACCACACAUCAGCUAGCAUGGUGGAGAGGUGAGGAGUGAUAAAAAUUAUGCCAAAUAGGAAUGGAGGUGAGCUGGUGUUUUUGAAUGUCCUCUCUGUCUGUCUGUGUGUGUAGGGAGCUGGAGCUGUAUGUGGGCACUCUGAAGAGGGAGACUGGCUCGGCGGGGGCUCACAGAGCUGUGACACUGAAGCAUGUGGAGGAGGGGGCAGUUAGCCUCAGGAGAGUGGGAGAAUCUUUGGCAGGACUCAAAGGUAAGACGGCAGUACAGUAUAGCCUACUUUUAAGACACAAACAGUACCUUCGAUUAUGUGCGUUGACAUGGAUUCUAUAGGUUCCAUGAGCUAGGGUUUUCAGUUACCGGUGAGAAGUCAGAUAAUAUAAUUAAUGAAUUUAUACUGAACAAAAAUCUAAACGCAACAUGUAAAGUGUUGGUCCCAUGUUUCAUGAGGUGAAAUAAAAGAUCACAGAAAUGUUCCAUUCGCACAAAAAGCUUAUUUCUCUAACAUGUUGUGCACAAACUUCUUUCAUCCCUGUUAGUGAGCAUUUUAGCCUUUGUCUAGAUAAUCCAUCCACUUGACAGGUGUGGCAUAUCAAGAAGCUGAUUAAACACCAUGACCUGGUGCUAGGGGGGGGGUAUUUCUGUCUGUAAUAAAGCCCUUUUGUGGGGAAAAACUCAUUCUGAUUGGCUGGGCCUGGCUCCCCAUUGUGUAGGCCUGGCUCCCGAGUUUGAGUUUAUUUUUAUUUUUACAGGGACAGUGCACAUUAAUCAACGUUUCAGUAAAAUUGCCGGUUUUAGCCAGACAGCUAAUUUUCAACCGCAGUCCCUGGGCAGGUUAUUAAAAACAAUUACAAUAACAAUACAGACAAACAAUGAGCGGCCUAUGCCCCUGCCCAGUUAUGUGAAAUCUAUAGAUUAGGGUCUAAUGAAUUUAUUUAAAUUGACUGAUUUCCUUAAAUGAACUGUAACUCAGUAAAAUCGUAGAAAUUGUUACAUGUUGCGUUUAUAUUUUUGUUCAGUAUAAUAACAUUAGGGUAACAUAAAGCUACAACUGGAAAACAUACAUUUCCUAAAAGAAAAUGUGUUUUUGUGUCCAAAAAGAGAAUAAGCUUGAAAAAGGUAUGCACACUAAUAAAGUUGUCCUCCAAUGAAGGUUGGUGAAAUUAAUGGAAAAUAUAAAACUGAAACUGUUCAUUUAAAAAAACAUGUUAUUUCCUGUAUGUUUUCUCAGGGGAGUUUCCGGCACUGCAGACGAGGAUGCGUGCGGUGCUGAGGGUAGAGGUGGAGGCUGUGAAGUUCCUCAAGGAGGAGCCCCACAAACUGGACAGCAUGCUGAAGAGAGUCAAGAGCCUCACGGAAACACUCAGCAGCCUGAAGAGGUACAUGAACCAUAUUCCUCACACCAGUCCGUUCUUUUUAAAUCCAUGAGGGGGAGUGUACAAGUGCCCACUUCGAAAGAAGGGUAGAGAAUCUGAAUGUAGCCAAGACGUACAGAAGCGAGGGAGUGAGAGGUUAAAAGAGAGACAGUGAGAGUGGGUGGAAAACAGAAGCUUUCAGAGUCAGACAGUGGGGAGCAUGACUAUAGUGUAAGGGACACUAACAGUUGAUUCUGCUGGCGAGGCGUUGGCUCCGAUCCCAUCCGAUGGGUCAUGCGGAAUGGACGGAGGUAGCGUCCAUCUUAAUUUAGCUCUCCAUUGAACCGAUAACUUAAUUAAUUUGGGCGCAACACGGCUCCCUGCGGCAUCUCCUUUCCAUAUAAACAUCUGUCAGAGACACUCUGCUCUGUGGGUCGUCAACACUUUUUCCCAGGGCGCACCACACAACGCAGCCAAACUAAUCUACAUUACCUCGUCCCCUCAGUACAUUUCUCUCCCCGUACGUCAGAGAUGAUUACACUCACUUUGAUGCUGGGUUUGGGCCAAAUACACUUGGGGAGGUUUGUUGUGUUUUCAGGCUAAAUAAGCUUGGGUGUGGCAGUAGUUCUUUCAAAUUCCAAAGUUCUGUAUGUACUGUUCUGUGUUAUGAGGUUAGGAGAUUUGAAGCAUGCUUUUCAUGGGAGCAUGGCAUAUGUCAUCAUAGGUACAGUAUGUGUUUAACCUUAGUGGGAUACAGUUUAGAUUAACUAGUGUUUGGCUGUUUGUGGUCAGUAUAUUUCCAAAACUUUCCCAAAAUUCUGUGGGAAAAAAUAUAUAUUUUCAGAAAUCCUGGUUGGAAGCACAAAAUACAGAAUCCUCCAACCAGAAUUGAAUUUUGAGAAAGUAACCUGAAUUUUGUAACUCCAAUAGUAAGUCUCUCCUGCCCUCUCUGCACUACAGAUGUGCUACAGAGGGCCUACUGAAGGGAUCUGACCCUGCUAUGUGUGCCUCAGUGAAACCAACCCCAGUAGAGAGCAGCCCAGCCACCACCACCACCACAGUGGACUCCGACCCCACAGUGGAGCCUCCAGCUUCCCCCUCGGCCCUGCCCGAGCCCCAGAGCUCCUCCAUCAGGUCUGAGGUGGUCAUGCCCUCCUCCCCCAUGGUCAUCCACCACGUCCAGAGUGCUCCGGUCCACAUGCAGCAGUCCCAGCAGUCUGCAGCCCUGCUGGUCCAGCCCAGCCCCCCCACAACCCCCACCCACAGCCAGGGCCGGGAAUCCCCCAGCUCAGCCAAGGGUUCAACCUGCACCACCUCGGCCUCAAACUCCAACCACUCCAGCCAGGUGGGAAGCCCUGCCCAGCAGAAGAAAACCCCUGCUGCCAUCCUAGAGUUGGCGACCCAGGCUCCGGUCAAUAACGGCAGCAGCGGGACAGGGAACCUCCUAAUGGAGGAGAUUCACACCAAGAGCAGCAAGAGCAAAAACAGGGCCAUGUCUAUAGAGGUAAGCCCUAUGGAAGUCAUAGUGCACUUCAGUCCUCAGUCUAUGAUCUAUGAUAUCAAUAUCCCCUAUGGGUUAUUAUUUAUUUAUUUAUUUAUUUAUUUAUUUAUUCUCUCUCUCUCUCUCUCUCUCUCUCUCUCUCUCUCUCUCUCUCUCUCUCUCUCUCUCUCUCUCUCCCUCUCUAUCUCUCUUCUCUCCUCUCUCUCUUCUCUCUCUCUUCUCUCUCUCUUCUCUCCUCUCUCUCCCUCCCUCCCUCCCUUCCUCCCUCCCUCCCUUCCUCCCUCCCUCCACAGGCGGCAGAGAAGGAGUGGGAGGAGCGGAGGCAGAACAUGGGCCACUACAAUGGGAGGGAGUUUGAGAGGAUCCUAAAUGAGGCCCAGGCCAACAUGAUGAAAGGCAUUCCCAGUCUGGAUGUGCCGAGUGAGGGGGAGGCCUCUACAGCACCCCCUGCUGCCAUGGAGGAGACAACCCCAGGCAAGGGACUUUUAUACAGCUUCAGCUUCUACCAAAGAGUCCACUACUAUAUUCCACUACUACAAACAAUUAUUUUGCCUAGGUUUUUUGAAGCAAGUAAACAAUUUUUCUUCAGGAAAAUGACCCUUUGUAGUUCUCAUGUAGCCCUCAUUGUUGACCUUAUGUGUGUGUUUGUCUAUUACAGAAUGGACUCAGCCUGAGCCCAGCACAGAGAAACAAGCUAAAGCCAAGCCUGCUGGUCCUGAGAAACUCCCCAAGUCGGUGCUAGAGAAGGCCACCACCACCAAGCCUACCGCUGCUGCAGACAAAGUGGGCAAAGUCAGCUUGGAGAAGGCCCCUCCCCCUCCACCACCCAGAAAGACCUUUCCCACCUCCAGCUCUGGAAUGACCACCACACGGUCUGGCGAGGUGGUUUACACCAGCAGGAAGGAGUCUGCCUCGGGACAGGUCAGUCUGCCAUGUAGUUUAGCGCAGGGUAGGCUGUGGUCAACUAGCUCUGGUCCAGGGGGUUACAUGCGGCUUGCUGACACUGAGCCUCAGCAAGCCGCACGUAACGCCCUGGACCAGAGUGAAUGGCAAACUACAGACAUCGUUUCCACUUGGGUGGUCCAGACCUGACCUUAAACAACAUGGGGAGAGGGGAUGAAGUCUAAGAACAGUUAAUCAAGCAAUUUGAGAACAUUAUAAUUGAUAUCUUGGAAUGGCCCAUGUUGAUCUGUUUAACUCUUGUGGUAAAUAAUAUUGAUGCUAGUAUUCGAGUCAUAUUAAAAGUAUUCGAGUCAUAUUAAAUGUAUUAACCCCCUCCCCCAUUCCCAUCUGCCCAGGAGGAAGAUGAGGCUGAGGUCCUAGCACAAGCCCCAGCUAGCCAGUCCAAACCCACCAAGGUCCCGCCAGAGACCAAGCCCUCCACCCCUCCCCCCGUUGCUGCCUCAGCCAUCCACGAGGAGGAGGAGGAGGACGAGGGAGACAAAAUCAUGGCAGAGCUCCAGGUGAGAAAUAUACUGUACAUCCAACAGCUGCUGUACAUUUACCACCACACACACAUACAGUGGGGGAAAAAAGUAUUUAGUCAGCCACCAAUUGUGCAAGUUCUCCCACUUAAAAAGAUGAGAGAGGCCUGUAAUUUUCAUCAUAGGUACACGUCAACUAUGACAGACAAAUUGAGAAAAACAAAAUCCAGAAAAUCACAUUGUAGGAUUUUUUAUGAAUUUAUUUGCAAAUUAUGGUGGAAAAUAAGUAUUUGGUCAAUAACAAAAGUUUCUCAAUACUUUGUUAUAUACCCUUUGUUGGCAAUGACACAGGUCAAACGUUUUCUGUAAGUCUUCACAAGGUUUUCACACACUGUUGCUGGUAUUUUGGCCCAUUCCUCCAUGCAGAUCUCCUCUAGAGCAGUGAUGUUUUGGGGCUGUCGCUGGGCAACACAGACUUUCAACUCCCUCCAAAGAUUUUCUAUGGGGUUGAGAUCUGGAGACUGGCUAGGCCACUCCAGGACCUUGAAAUGCUUCUUACGAAGCCACUCCUUCGUUGCCCGGGCGGUGUGUUUGGGAUCAUUGUCAUGCUGAAAAACCCAGCUACGUUUCAUCUUCAAUGCCCUUGCUGAUGGAAGGAGGUUUUCACUCAAAAUCUCACGAUACAUGGCCCCAUUCAUUCUUUCCUUUACACGGAUCAGUCGUCCUGGUCCCUUUGCAGAAAAACAGCCCCAAAGCAUGAUGUUUCCAACCCCAUGCUUCACAGUAGGUAUGGUGUUCUUUGGAUGCAACUCAGCAUUCUUUGUCCUCCAAACACGACGAGUUGAGUUUUUACCAAAAAGUUCAAUUUAGUGUGUUACGGCGUAGUGUGUUACUGAUGGUAGGCUUUGUUACUUUGGUCCCAGCUCUCUGCAGGUCAUUCACUAGGUCCCCCCGUGUGGUUCUGGGAUUUUUGCUCACCGUUCUUGUGAUCAUUUUGACCCCACGGGGUGAGAUCUUGCGUGGAGCCCCAGAUCGAGGGAGAUUAUCAGUGGUCUUGUAUGUCUUCCAUUUCCUAAUAAUUGCUCCCACAGUUGAUUUCUUCAAACCAAGCUGCUUACCUAUUGCAGAUUCAGUCUUCCCAGCCUGGUGCAGGUCUACAAACUCCAUAGUGGAGUUUGGAGUGUGACUGUUUGAGGUUGUGGACAGGUGUCUUUUAUACUGAUAACAAGUUCAAACAGGUGCCAUUAAUACAGGUAACGAGUGGAGGACAGAGGAGCCUCUUAAAGAAGAAGUUACAGGUCUGUGAGAGCCAGAAAUCUUGCUUGUUUGUAGGUGACCAAAUACUUAUUUUCCACCAUAAUUUGCAAAUAAAUUCAUUAAAAAUCCUACAAUGUGAUUUUCUAGAAAAAAAAUGCUCAAUUUGUCUGUCAUAGUUGACGUGUACCUAUGAUGAAAAUUACAGGCCUCUCUCAUCUUUUUAAGUGAGAGAACUUGCACAAUUGGUGGCUGACUAAAUACUUUUUUUCCCCACUGUACGUCAUACUUAAGCAAUAACGUCCGACUCAACGUGGAGUACCUGGAUACAGCCCUUAGCCGUGGUAUAUUGGCCAUAUAUCACAAUCCCCAAGUUGCCUUAUUGCUAUUAUAAACUGGUUACCAAUGUAAUUAGAGCAGUAAAAAUACAUGUUUUGUCAUACCCGUGGUAUACGGUCUGAUAUACCAUUGCUGUCAGCCAAUCAGCAUUCAGCGCUCAAACCACCCAGUUUAUAAUAUACAAUAAUGAUCACAUAGAACCACCGGAAAACACAUCCACAUACACACUGAUGGUGGUUGUGAGGAAGUUAAAUGUGCUGUAUCUCUCCUUGACUGUGGGAGUGGGUCCUCUAUCCCUUAUUUUUGUGGUGGUUGGGUUACCUUCACUUGGCAGAGGAUGGAUGCAAUCAUUUACAAAACCAGAAUUAGCCAUGGUCUUACCCCUAGAAAGUUGAACCAUUCGGCCACCACAGCACUAGGUUAAUAGUAUACAAGUAGUAUCAGACCAGAACUAGGCAGAAGAAUGUUCUCCACUUAACUGCCUGGUACUGUAGGUGUUUCUAAUAGACUAUCACCUCACAUAUGGUAGGUACAGUAUAGGUAGGCUCUAGCCCUCAGGGCCCUAAACCCUAAUCCCCUGACCUAUCUUCACUCCCCAGGUGUUCCAGAAGUGCACAGUUAAGGAUGUAGGGGUGAAAAGUAGUGUGCUAGAGACACACUCUACUCGAGUUGAGCCCCAGAUCAGAGAGCUAAGACCUGGGGCUUUAUUGCCCCACAAAGAGAAAAAGGUAAAGGAUGUGGCUCCGUUUAGCCGUCCGCCUAACUGCCUGCUUCUGCCGACUACGUGACGCCAACUAACGAUUGCCUUAAUCUCCCCUGUGCCUUUCCUCUGUGACUUUCACACCUCCCUGCUUCUGCCUCAGUCAAGAGAUCUGUACUGUAACAACUUCACUACCCAAAAUCCCUUCUGUUUCUGACUUAUUCUCCUUUUCCCUUUUUGAUUUCAAUGUAACUCAUGGCUUGGACUUGUUUUUCUCUGAUUAAGUCUGCAGAAAAUGUCUGGAAAAGUUUGUGUGCAUCCAACAAAUGAAUGAUGUCUUGUUGCUACUGAUAUUUGAUUGCAUUAUGUUUGUCUUGAUUGAUCCAACCAAUAAACUAAUCCUUUAUCUUGAAUCCAGACAUAAUCGAAUGGUCUUGUCCGUUUUCUUUGGAAUAUCUGCCCUUUAUUAAAAUAAUCAUUUGCUAAUAGACUUUGCUAUAUGAAAUUACUUUGAGUUGAUUGGCUAUUGAGGAGAACAAGGUUUUAUUACUUGGUACCUAGGUGACAGACUUGUUUUUGCAGACUUGGUUUACUUUUGGUCACACUGACCACUUUGCCCUUUGACCCCUGGGCUCUUUUUCUUUACUUGCCUUAUUUCUUGGGAACAAUACCUUACUAUUUCUCUAAAUCUUUAUAGAACUUUAACUUGAUCUGCUAAUUCAUUUUAAUGUGGUUGUUGUCCACAGGAGAAAGUAUGUUUUUACACAGUCACACAGUAAACUACAGUGUGUAUGUGUCCCAUAUAUAGCACACUAUUAGCUAUAUAGUGCACUACGUUUGACCAGAGCCCUAUUUGCCCUGGUGAAAAGUAGUGUUCCUCACUCAGAAACCUCACUCAGAAACCAUGUCACACAAGAUAUUGUACAUGGACUGUAUGAGAGAACUAGUUAUUCUGUGGGUCAGAUUUGAUCUCUUCCUGGAAAACCCAAUGUUCAGCUCACACAUCAGUAAUGUAUUCGUCAUGUUAUUCCUACAUACACAUUUUCAAUCAUGCAACAUUGCAUUCCACUCACCACAUGGGAAUGAUUGAAAAAACAUUAUUGUAACACCAACAACAAUGAGAAUAUAUAAAAACAUGAUGCAACACUGAACAUUAGCUAGUCUGUGGAUAAAAUUAAUGUCAGUCUAUACUCCAGAUUAGAAUAGUAGUUAGUUAACUCAAAUUCCUUAGUAAAAGGGGCAAUCUGGGAUUGGUACAUCCAUUUUUUGACAUUUUGGAUAGACUGCUUUGUUGUUGUUUGAAUCCAAAAUUGUCCCUUAAAAGGUUUUUACAUAAUCCAUUCCCUUAUCAAUUAACUUCAUUCCAUUCCAACUCCCAAUAUCCAUAACAUACCAUAACUAUUCACUUGGGCCUACAUUAGUUAUCCUAUAAGGCAUCUAACAAUGCUUGUAAACAAACAUGUUGUAAACACGAAGGACUGAAACAUGCUGACGUUUCAGGAUCUACUUCUUAUCUUCUUGAUCUUGAAACACAUACUAUAGUACAGCAAAUCAAAAGAUGCCUUAUAGGAGGGUUGUUGCCCAAUGCAGUGUUAAGACCGUGGAUGUAAAUACCUAUUUGAAUGUACCAUGCAAUCCACAGUGUCUUAAACCUUGUUUCAAUUGGCACUUUAAAUCAGGGCCAAAUUCGAUCUGUGCCCACCAAGAACUGCCUGACCUGGCUUGAAUUGAAAUGCCAAUGGAAACAAGGCUUUAGAGUGCAGUUGCACAAUAGAGUGCACCCAUAGAGUGCAGUUUCGCAAUAAUGCUGUCCCUUAAUUCACAAACUGUCCUAGCAGAGCUCGGAGAAAACUCGGGAGGACAAACAUCCCAACGCAGAUGAAAACGGGAACACCACCCCUCUUCGUCAAAGCCCAGGGGUACGAAUACCAUAUUCUGACCCCUAAAACUUCGUAGUCAAAAUCUCAGGGCAUUUAUUAAGCUAAGAAUAGUCUUGACAUACAAAGUUUCAAACGUGCCUUGAAAUGUUUCAAAAUGUCAGGUUAUACAGUAUAUGAUAUGGGCCUUAUGAAGGCCAUUCGCAUGCCUUACAUGUCAUGCUAUACAGUAUUUUCCCAUAUUGAUAGGCUAGUCAUGUGGUAUAGUGUUGUGGUUGUAGCUUUUAGCAUGGAGUGUUGUAGUUUUUAAUAUAAAUUCUCUCCUCCUUUCUUUGCCGUAUGCAGGUCAUAUACUACGUCACUGGGCAGAUCUCCAAAGAGCAGCUGCCACCCCCGGCCACAGUGGAGGAGGCUCCGGAACGCAGAGACAACCCAACACUGUCCCCCUCACAGGUGUCAAAUGUGAAUGCUAAUGACAAUUCCCCAAGCCAGCAGCCACAACCGAAACCCCAGCAGUUAGGGCCACCUGUAUCUCCCAAGCCUCUGUUCUUGAAUGGCCCCAGCCCUCUGUUUCAGAAACAGGUGGUGACCUCAGAGUCAUUGAAGACCAGCCCAGGAGUGGUGAAAGGGGUUCUGGAAAGCACAGUGACCAUCACUGUAGAUAAGCCUCAGAUAAGCACAGUCAAGAGGCUAGAGACCUCAGUCUCCUCAGUCGUCCAGGAGUCCAGCAUUUCCCUUAGUAAGAGUGUUGUGUUGCCCGCUGCAUUGCCUGAAGUCCCUCCACCAACCACCAUAAGAGAGGCUCCUAAGGCAGUGGUGUCUCCCCCAGAGAAGGUUCUUAGUGAGGCCACUGAUCAGCCCAGACCCUGGUAUGAGGAGGUGGAUGAGGAGGCCAGCCUGAGCCCUGACCUCCCUGGUGAGGAAGCCCCUCCGCCCCCUGACAACAUCGCCUUCAUGAUCACCAACAGCAAGGUCCAGGCCCUGUCCUGUGGGGAGUACCAGGAGCUGGUCAACGCAAAACAGGGCAUCCAGACCGUGACUGUGGGCGGGGGACCUGGGAAACGGGAGAUGACCAAUACCACACCGGGCGGCGGGGGCGGCUUGGCGGGGUCGCAGGACAAUGGCUUCAACAACAAGAAGCCGGUCAUCAUCAUCUUCGACGAGCCCAUGGACAUCCGCUCGGCCUACAAACGCCUGUCCACGGUGUUCGAGUGCGAGGAGGAGCUGGAGAGCAUGCUGGCCGCGGAGCGCAUCGAGGAGGAGGACGAGGAGACGGAGGAGACGGAGAGGAGCAGCGGUGGACUGCAGGUAAAGGUCAAGGCCCCCAGCGGUGCUCUUAGCUCUUCCAGUAGUAGCUUGUCGCACUCUUCCUCCUCGUCUUCGGAGCUCGCCGAGUUGUCCGGUGAUGGCAAGCCGGAUGGGAAGAAGAAGUUCAAGCUCAGGUUUCCCAAGAAGCAGUUGGCCGCUCUGUCGCAGGCCAUCCGCACGGGCACCAAGACGGGCAAGAAGACACUGCAGGUGGUGGUGUACGAGGACGAGGAGGAGUCGGAUGGCACGGUCCGAAAGCACAAGGAGGCCAAGAGGUUUGAGAUCCAAAGCCGCUCCAAACCAUCUGCUGCCCCAGCAGACAAGACGCCCAAGGCCCCAGCUGCAGCCGUUGUAAGGAGGGAGCACUCGGAUUCCAAAGGCAGGACGGACAAGAUCCGGAAGAGCACCUACAAGACCCUGGACAGCCUGGAGCAGACCAUCAAGCAGCUAGAGACGACCAUCAGUGAGAUGGGCCCGGCAAGGCCCCACCAGGAGAAACCAGUGAGGAGUGCAGGCAGCGUGGAGCCCCAAGCUGGGUGUGUCUUGAGUGGGGAGAAUGGAGGCCUGAAGAGGUCCUUAUCACUCCCUUCCAAGAGUUCACUCCUCAAGGUCCCCAAGCCCAGCAAGACCUCCUCUCAGAGGAAGAAGACCAAACCUCAGCUCCUCCCCCGGCCAGCCGUCAUCCCCACCGCCACCGUCACCCCCGUCACCAGCCAACAGGUCUCUUUCUAAGCUCUUGUCCCUCGGGAGGCUUUGGGCCCUCUUUUUACUCGUCCCGCUCUCCCUUCACUCCAUCCUAACCACUGGGUUUACCUUACCACUGGGUUUACCUUACCACUGAGUUUACCUUACCAUUGGGUUUACCAACCAACCACUCAUUAACUCACUCCCCAGGUGUUUUGGAAAUGUCAGAGCCCCUCUCUGUUGCUUUCCCCCUCUGUGUGAUCAUGGUCCAACAUGAUUGGGGAGUGGCAUUUUCAAUGGGUCCCUCCUCCUGUCUCCCAUGUCUCUCCUUCGAUUGGCUGCUCAAACUCUAACCGGGGCUUCAGCCAGUGGCAGACUCUUAAUCACACAAUGACACUCAAUGUUGAUUACACUGUCUUUUUGGUUUCUUGAAGCUGUUGUUCUUGGACUGCAUGAACUGUAGGGUUAUACGUUUUGGUAUAGGCUACUACGGUACAGGGGGUGCAUGUGCUCUUACUGGUGUUAUUAAGGUUUUAGAGGUGAGGGUAAUUUUGAAUGAACAGGUUUUUGUCCACUCAGUGCCUUGUUAAUAACAGUUUCUCAUACCUCCAAUAUGGUGUUCUGUUUUUUUCUUUCUUUUCUUUUCUUUCUUGUUUUGUUUUGUUUGGAUCCUCUUGCAGAAUGCAACCAGUGUCGCUUCCCCUACUAGUCGGAUGCCAGUGCCCCUGUCUGCGAAGUCCAGGCAGUCGCCAGGGACUACUACUGACAAAGCAGGAAAACAGCAAAAGCUACAGGACAGCACUCAGAGGCAGUUCCGACAGGUAGUUUUACUAUAGGGCUUUACCAGAGACCAUAAGGACUAGAGGGAACACACUUGUAUAGUGAACACAGGGCAUAGAAAACAAGAGGACUGUGCUAAGGGAAAUAAAUAUUGAAACAACCAAAGCUGUGAGAUUUCAAGUGUUUCGUUUAAAUGGGAUUGAGGUGGCCAUUUUGGCUUCUGUUGAUGUUUUCUCUCAAUCUACUCUGACUGAAAGGCAUGUUUGACUCUUGACUGUUACCCCCAUAACAUCAUUGUACUGUAUGCUUGUGCAUGGUCCACACUGCUCAUGGCGGCUUUUGCUGUGUUGGUGACAUGAACAAUUUUAAAAGAGAAAAGAAAAUAGAAAUAAUAUUUUAAAAGUCCAGAUGUAUCUUGUCAUUGACUGAGUUCUCCAUCACAUCCCCAGUUUCCAUCACAGCUGAGUUCCUAAACAGUGUUGUCAACCAACCCCAGGAUGCUUUACUAAACUGAUACUUCUGAUUGGCCACGCUCCCUCCUACCCUCAAUGCACCUCUACUAAACCCAAGCAGCCUACCCGAUACGCUCCUUUCUUUUCACAAUGCACAGUUACUAAAGAACACUUUAAUAUCCCCCCCGCCUACACUGGUGGAACCAGCCGGAUCGCUGCGUUCACCAUUAUAUUUCACUUCAACAGAAUGGUGAAUGCAACGAUAAGGCGGGUUCCACCAAGCUACCUUCCUCCCUUCUCUGGAUGCUCCUCUAACACCCAUCUCUCUUCCUUGCAGUAGCAGUCAAUGCAAUAUUCACCCCUACUGCUCUCGAUAUGCACUUGUAUGUUUUCCACCCUCAAAAAUCUCUCCUCUUAUCUAACAUACCCAACCUUUCUACCCAAAAUGCAUCUCUGGUUUUGCCCUCCUCUCAGUUUUUGUCUCCACCUCUCAGAAAGCUUGAAAAUCACUCUUAACACACAGGCAGCACCUAGAGAUGCCCCCGCCCCCGCCCCUAUCUCCAACCCCCUCGCUUUAUCCCUCCUUCCAUCCUUUCAAUCUUUUCUUUCUCCUUUUUAAUUCAUAGUGUGUUUCUCAGUUACUUUGCCUCAAGUAACCCAGUAAACAUAGAUACUGUAGCUAGUUUGAGCCUUUUUGUGUGUCUAUUAAUGAUCUUAGUAGUAAUAGGUUUGUUUGUGUGAUUGUUUCAUGUCUAUAACUUUAGUGAAGUCAAUGUUGUCUUGCCUUUUUUAUAUUUGUUACCUUAAUCACCAGUUCCCUUUUUGACAACCAGUCUUUGUUCUGGCAUCUCUGUUUGCAGGCUAACGGAAGUGCUAAAAGAGCGGGAGGGGAUCAUAAAACUACUUCCCCUACUGUACCUGCCUCUAAAAUCCCUGCUUUUUAUCCUAGCUCUGGUAAAGGCAGUACCUCCCAGUCUGCUCCAAACUCAGAUGCUACUAACCUUAUUAACCUUUCCUCCUCCUCCAACUGCUCCUCUUCCUCCCCCCACACCACCAAGUCCUCCAUCCCGUCCCCUCACGCCCCCCGCCACCCUGGCUCGGCCCUCUCCACCUCCUCCCACAUCCCCUCCCUCUCUAACGGUUCCUCCCUCAAACUCCCCACACCCUCUCACACAGGUAAAGCUCUCUCGUUCUCCUCGCAGACUCAAAACGGUCGAGCACCCUCCUCUUCCUUCUCCUCCUCGUCCUCCCCCUCCCCUCUGUCGCCCACCCCGUUGGGCCUGGGUAUGAAGAGCAUCCGCACCAUACACACCCCCAGCUUCACCAGCUACAGGCCCCAGAACGGCAGC